AUGAACUAAUUGAAAUGUGAAUUUUAAGUAUGAAGAAAAAAUUUGUACGGUUUAUUAAUGUAAUUAUGGCUUUGCUGUUUCUAUUUGUAAUAAGUUUUUUACUUAUGAAUGCUCAAGGUCGUUACUUCAAUAAUACAGAAAAAACUGAGUUAAUACAGCAGCGCGUUGGCUAUGACAUAAGACUGCAAUGUGAUCUUAAGGGAUUACUAGAUGAUGCCAAACUUGAAACUAUCAAAGUUCAUUGGUUUUUCAAGCACUGUACUGAAGACUCUGAUCGUAAAAAUAACUGUAAUCAAUUUUAUGAUGACAAUUGGACCGAGCUGCCCUGUAAAGAAACAUUUUGCAAACCUGAUCUAUUAUUGCGAAAUUUAACAGAAAAGUAUUCAGGAUUGUACAAAUGUGCUGUCUACCCUCAUUAUCUAGACUCUAAACAAGCGCUAGAUAUACAAUUAGUAAGAACUUAUCUCUUGGAAGUUAAAAAUAUAACCACAGUUCCAGAAUUUUUAAAUACUUAUCCGAAUAACCAAACAGCAAUUGUUGGUUCACAAGUCGUAUUCCAAUGUCGGGUGUAUAGCACAGUUUAUCCAACAGUAAAAUGGUUCAAACGCAUUGCUACACAUGCCACGAAUGCAGAUUACACUACUGUUAACAGCAGUAAUUUUAAUACCCAUAUUGUCAAUUAUAAAGGUCGAACAUAUGAGUUACUCUCAACUGCUCAGGAAAAAAUCAUCAGUGAUCAUAUAUAUUUAAGUAAUUUAGUUAUUAAUGAUGUACGUCUCAAAGAUGAAGGUUACUAUGCAUGUGUCGCGAUUAGUUAUCGCGGGCAAAGCAUUAGGGAAGCCUACUUGCAAGUCAAAUACUCUGAUCAGGAAUAUUGGGCAGAUUAUGACACUGAAGAUCUGCAACAAUACACAGAUCCUAGGGAGUUUUUACUUCUAUUUCUAAUGCCACUUGGUUUAGCGGUGCUGCCAAUUAUGGUAUGGUUAUGCUUUAGGGUGCUUACCAGAUGUAAACACAAUGAUAAUAGAUUCAAAGAACAACAGUAUUUAAGUGUGAAAACUCCAAAUAAACAGUGUGUACUGCAGACUUAAUUUAGGUAUCAGUAUUUAGAUAUUCUAUAUAUUAACUUUAAAUAUUAAACAUAAACAGACUGUAUUAAAAAUAAGCAACUAUAUUAUUCAUAAUAUAGUUAAAAUAUUCAUUUAAUUUUAUAGGAUAAGCCAAAACUAUGUGAUGUACUUGUGUAUAAACUUAAAUGUAUCU